AUGCGUCGCGCUGUUGCUGUCUUCGUUGCAGCGGUGAGCAGCCUCGUGGGCACAACAACAGCUACCGAUUUUGCUGAAGUGUGCACCUCCGAAUAUGUGCAGUCGGUUCUGCCUGGCGAUGGCUUCAUUCCUGGAACUACGAUCGACACUACCUCGGUGGCUGUCAAUGCGAUUGGUAACUAUUCAUCCGCAGCCUCUGAUGGAGUUGUGGGAGUCGAAGCAGUCGCUGUUUGCAAUGUCACGUUCGGUUACACCCAUGACGGCAAGGAAGGAAAGACCAACGUUUGGUAUUAUCUUCCUGAUCCAGCCAACUUCAAGAAUCGAUUCUUGUCCACUGGAGGCGGUGGUUUCUCAAUCACCUCUGGAGCAGGUGGAUUGUCUGGUGGCCUGAGCUACGGCGCUGCCUCUGGUACCACUGAUGCGGGUUUGGGAAGCUGGAGCGCUCAACUAACCAACAAGGUCCUCUAUGCUAAUGGUUCCAUGAACUAUGAUGCCCUUUACGCCUUUUCUCACCAGGCUAUCCACGAGAUGACUGUUCUUGGCCAAGAGCUCACAAAGGCCUUCUUUGGCGUGGAGAAAAUCUACUCCUACUACUCAGGGUGCUCGGAAGGUGGACGAGAUGGGUUUAGCCAGCUGCAGAGAUACGGUACGCAGUUUGACGGUGCUGCCGUCGGUGCUCCAGCUAUGCGCAUGGCCUUUCAGCAAGUCAUUCACCUAUUCUCUGCAAUGGUGGAGAUCACCAACAACUAUUUCCCUCCUACUUGCGAGCUUACCAGAAUCAACAACGACACGAUCGCUGCGUGUGACUUGCUUGAUGGGAAGCAGGACGGUGUUGUGAGUCGAACAGAUCUGUGCAAGUUACAUUACAAUGCUACGUCUUCCAUUGGCAAUAGCUACGCUUGUGCUGCCGGCAGUGGUACUAGCUCCCCAGCGGUCAAUGGUACUGUCAGCGAUCAGGCCGCCGAGCUCGUGAAAGACCUUUGGGCCGGUCUCUUCGACUCCCAAGGUCGUCAGGCUUACAUUAUGUUUCAACCAUCGUCUGAUUUUGGUGACGCUGGCACGACCUACAACGCUGAGACUGGACAGUACGAGGCGUCAGUCAGCGGUAUUGGAGUUCAAUGGGUGAACUACUUCUUGAAGAAAGUCAUUUCGGCCGACCUCGACCUGACCAACGCAAGCUACGAUACACUGCGUGACUGGAUAAUCCAGGGUAUCCAGGAAUACUCAGAUACUCUGGAAACCAACUGGCCUGAUUUGGAAGACAUUCGUGAAUACGGCGGUAAGAUUAUUCACUACCACGGUGAAUCUGACAACAGUGUCCCAUCCGGCUCUUCUGUCAUCUAUCAUGAUGCCGUUCGUCAGGCUAUGUAUCCUGACGAGACUGUUAUCGACGGUUAUACCAAGCUGAACAGCUUCUACCGCUUUUACCUUGUGCCCGGCGCUGGACACUGUGGUCGCAGCCAGUCACAGCCCAACGGUCCUUUCCCGUCUGAUAUCCUUGGCAGCGUAAUUGACUGGGUUGAGAAUGAUAGCGCACCUGAACAGCUACCAGCUACCACAACUAGCGGCGUUAGCGAAGAUCUUUGCCUGUGGCCUACCCGCCCUCUUUGGUCUGAGGGCAGCGAUGAGAAAGAAUGCGUUUUUGACCAAGAGUCAUACGAGUCUUGGCUGCCUAAGCUGGACUCUAUCCCUGUUCCGGUGUGGUAA